CACCAUCCAGCUCUUCUUCUUAAGUACUCUCUGAUUGGCUAUGCUGCGCCAGGUGGAAGGGGCCCUUCAACGCGCGACAUCCAUCGCCAAUCUGAACCUUCAUCGUUCCAGCUUCGUGCCUUCAGCUGAGCAAGCCGAAGCCAUUCGGGAGCAGUCUCAAGUCCUAGAAAAAGAAUAUUGCGGGAUAUCCGGAAGUAAUGCUUCCUCUGCUGCAUUGCGCACACUGUACUCUCGCCAACUGGCUCUGCAUCGAUCCCUCUUGGCACCCGUCCGUCGUCUCUUCCCCGAGAUCCUGUCGAGCAUAUUCUCCAUAGUAGUCUGUUCCAUGUCCGGAUUUCAACAACUGCACACUGCCUUCCGUAUCGCCGCAGUAUGCCAUCACUGGCGAGUGGUCGCUCGCGGAACACCCUCGCUGUGGGCGCUCGUAGCCGUCUCCAGCGUCCAGCAGUUCGAUCGCUAUGUACGAGAGUUCCUUCCGCUCACUGGCGCAGCUCCCCUCCACCUCAAAUGUAGCUGUCCGGAUGUAAACGAUGCAUGGCAGCGCAUCGGCUCCCUAGCGUCCAGGUGGCAGACCAUCAGCAUCUCAGGCUGCGACUCCGCCAAACUGCGUGGCGCGAAGGCGUUGACAAUGGGCAACUUAGAGCAGCUGCUUAUCAGCGCGACCGCCGACAGUGUGGACCUGGAAUGGAGCGUGCUCGACCUCUUCCUCGCGCCCCGGCUCCGCACCAUCGUCCUCUUCGUGGACAAGGUCCUGUCCGCGAGGCAGCUGCGGUGCCCGGCACCCGACAGUCUUCGCUCUCUGGAGAUCAUCACUGAUGAACAAUUCCUCUUUGAAAUCGCGAUUCCCGCCUUCGAGCGGUACGCGGGGACGCUGGAGUCCCUCCAGGUCCAUGCAUAUAGCGGGCCGUUAUUGGAGUACUUACGCUCGCCCUCGCCGAGACCGUUUACCAUGACCAACCUCACCCAUAUCACGGUCAAUCGCUCGGCGUGUGCGAUACUCGACCACGUCGUCGCUCCGAAUCUCAGGAAGCUCGCCCUCACUGUCGCUCCGAAAUAUACGAUGACUAUGUUGUUGGCCUUCCUGACGAGGCCGUUGGCACCGCGGGGCCUCCAGCAUCUGGUCAUUGACAUUGGUCUCGUCUUUGUGGAUUCCAAUGACGAUGUGGGCCCAUGGACCCGCUGCCUGGAGCUCUUGGACAGCCUGAGGGAGCUGGAUCUCGAGAAUUCGUUGGCUGAGCCUCAGCUAAAGACCUUGCUGGAGCGCCUGGUCUGUCGCGGCAAUGAGGAGCCUCCGCUUCUUCCACGAUUGCGGCGGCUUGAGAUGAGCCCGUUCUUGAAAAAGGCGUGUCGCGAGAGCCUGACGGAGGUGUACGAGUCGAGGAAGAUAGAGAAGGUGGUCGAUGGUACUACGGUAGUGGCGAUGGAGGAUCCGACGGUCAUCCCGCGUUUUGGCAUGGUACGCAGGCCAAGUUGAUGGACUAGGAUGGCACAACAUGCUGGAGAACGAGGGAGACCGACGGGGCGCAACGGGAUGGAAUGCGA